GAGGGAAGGGGUUGUAGGAACAGCAUGCGAGGUGCGCUGGGGGAAAGUGAACACAGAGACAGAGUUCCUCGAGGGUGAGCUGACUUCGAGCUUCCUCUCUGGGAUGAGUCUAUCAUUCUUCGCUGAAGAAGUUUCCUGGGAAACACUGCUCCUUAGCAUGCUUGCAGUGAUCCCGAAAAAGAAAAGUUUUAAUGAGAUAUUUUUCGAUUACUUCAAGGAACAUAAAAUAGAGAUAGCCCAUGCAAUCCCCAAGUUGUUUCCUUUCCUAGAAAGCCUCAAGGACCGCUCCUUCAUCACUGACAAAAUCUAUGCAGAUUCUUAUGAAGCUUGUAGGAACUUGGUUCCUGUAGAGAAAGUGGUGUACAACGUUCUUGAUCACUUGGAGAAGUUAUUUGGUUGGUCAUUUCUAUGCAUACUCUUCAACAGAACGAACCUGAAUGCGUAUCCUGGUUUAAGAGAGAUUCAUGAAAGCUUGCAAACUGAGCUAGAGGACAAUUAUUUAUCCCAGAGAAGUAAACAAGACCAGAAACUUGUCACCGUGCAGCCACACUAUGAGCAAGGACCUGGUGACAGCUGUUCUCUAGGAAGUCUGACCAGGACACCUUCAGAUAAUGCCUCAUCUGAUGGGUCCAUCCAAUCCAGAAAGGGAAGAUCUCCAGAGUCUACAUGGGAUUUGAAGUCUAAGCACACAAACACAGACCAUUUGGUUUUUCAUCCACGUGAGUCUCAUCGAAACAACUAUGGAUGUACCCAAGCAGGGCCAAACCUAUGUACACAUGAAAACUGGACAGGACCUUGUUUUGUGAAACAAGAAAACCUACAGAAGCCAGGGACAAAGCAGAACCAAGAGGAUGAAGUCAUUGUGAUCAGCAGUGAGGGCUCAGAAUGCAGUGAUGAGGAUGAUGAGCAUGAACUCCUGGAACUCUUCACUUUGACACCGAGACACAGGAGGCAGAUGGAUGAGGAGGAUGAGGACCAUGUCCCUGGGCUCCGGAACUCAGAGCUUCCGUCAGGCGCUCAAACCUCCUGUUUCCUGACUCACCAUUAUUGGGGGAGGUCGAAGAGCCCAACCGUCCAUUCUCUGCACCUUACUUUUUCUGAUACCUGUGGAGAUUUGGAGCGUGUAACAGGGUUCCAGAUCUUAGUAAGCCACAAGGACUUAGCACAACUGACUCCAUGGAAGUACCAUUCAAGCUGUAAAACUCAGCAUGUGGGCACUACCAACUGCCAAAAUGAAAACAAAGAACUAACCCAUCAAAGUCCACAAUUCUGGGAAAGUAUCUAAAUGUUCUAACCUUGCUUUUUGGCUUCUGUGGUUCUGCUUCUGGCUAACUGCUCUUGUUAACUGAAGUGUGUCAACCGAGAACUUGGUUUUUGUGCUUAAAAGUCACCUUGGGGUGACUGAGAUCUGGAACACCUAGUGUAGUCACUGGUUGGCUAAUAAAGAUUUCUAUUUGUUUAAAUAUGUGUCCAAGCAGUCUUCUCUGGUGGGCACUCCACAGCAGAGGGGUUAGGCAUUAGUCUCUGACUUUGUUGAUAUAUUGAUGGUAGAGUAAAAAGAAAAUGGUAUACUUACAAGCUUUAUUUUGAUUUCCCUCUUUCACAUAACCAUGUCUAUCUGAAGCAUAAUAAAAUAUGUACUUGGCCUUUA